GCCCGUCGAGAAAAGAAUUAAUUUAUACAAGAGAGAUUUGAGAACGCGUCGAUUAAAUAAAUCACGUGACGCGAAUAAAUCAAUCUGAACCUCGAACCGGCACGUAUAUAAAUAUAGACCUUUGAUAGGCCGCAACAUAUACACUUUAACGCCUGCUCCUCCCACACUGUCAGUUGUUUGUCACUCGUCGUGUGGCCAACAUGUACGAAAAUCUGUUCAAGAGCCCGUUGCAGCGAGUAUUUGUUUACGGCACAUUGAAACGCGGCGAGCCGAAUCAUAGUUUAUUGACCAGUGCGGAAAAGGGUUACUCAAAGUUUUUGGGCCUCGGAAAAACGCUGCUCAAGUAUCCUUUGGUUAUCGCUACGAAGUACAACAUUCCGUUUCUGCUGAAGAGGCCGGGAGUCGGUAAUCAAAUAAUUGGAGAAGUUUAUGAUGUGGACUCAAAGAUGUUGAAGAGCUUGGACGAAUUGGAAGAACACCCGAAUUUUUACGUUCGAACUGAGGAAGACGUCUUGCUCGCAUCGGAAAACGGUCUCAAAAAGGGGGCGAAUUUCGAAGAUAUUGGGUCACAAACAAAAGCAUGGAUUUACAUACUGCCUAGUUUUCGUGAAUCACUACUAGAGCUACCCAUGUACUCGUCUUACAGCAACGAAGGAAGUCACGGUCUUAAAUACCACGAAAGGUAUCUGCGAGAUCCAUCUUUUAACCAUCGAUGUGAAGUGUCGGCAUCAAUAUAAUUUUCAAUUUUAAAAAUCUCAAUCAAAUUCGCACAAAAAUUCAGUGUCGUUUUUCUUAUUCAAGUAAUGAAACUCAUCAAUCGUAAUCAUAAACCAAACAUUGCUUGAGUUAUUAAAUACAUUUUUUUUAGUGAUUCUGAAUAUGUGAAACCUGAGGAUGUACAAUAAGACAGAAACAAAAAAUACUGAACAAGAACGUUUUAAUGUAAAAUAUUGGGUUGUAA